GUGUGUGGGCAGCGGCACACCGAGGACUUGCUCCUUUAAGGGUGGUGUCGGCGGCAGCACAGGAGGAGGAGUGUGGCUGUGUCCGCUCACUCCUGCACAGCCAGGGGACUCCGACAAUAAACAAUUCCUCCACAGUACGAGCUACACGUUUCAGCUCGCUCAUAGUCGUGGCACAAAAAAACGAGGCAUUUCUGGACUAAAAUUGUGGUUUUGAAAGCCUGCCUCGCCAUUUCUGUUUCCUGCCAGAAGUGACAAGACAGACGCGACCGUUUUCAUUGGAUUUGCCUCCUCCUGGCGAGUAAUAACGAUGCGCCUGUGUGGCUGACAACGCAGAUCCAGUCCAAGGGUGCCUGCAGGCGAGGCAGCUCUUGCUCUUGCUGUGCCAGCGUUGCUGCUCAAGGUCCCCCCAAGCUGAAAGGCGCCACUGACCAAACCACCGCCAGGACUUAGGACAGACAUCCCAAACAUCCACAACUACGGAAUGUGUCAACAUCUUUGUGGUGAAAUCCUGCUGACUCCCCGCUUGUUACUCUUAUAAGCCUGGAGCUGGGCCUUGUGGGAUCCUACGGUGCUGAAAGGCAUACAGCGAUGCCUGGGAGGCCUACCUGCCCCAGAUUGCCUCCAAACAUGGUUGCUGUUUUACCACGGUGCUGACUGUGCCCACUACGAACCGCGAUCACAUCCUGCCAGCGCAUUCCUCAGAUUUCAUCCCCGCAGACUCACUCUGUGAAACUGUCUUCCUUCUUUUUAGUAUUUGGAAGUACAUGCCACUGUCAACCAGAUGACCUAGUGGACAUUUGUUUCCCAGUAGCAGUGCUGAACCAUACGAGGGGACCCUAGUAUUGAACAUGACUCAUGGGGAGGAGCCUGGCCCUGAGACACACAAGGAUUCAGUUGUUCUAACUUAUCUGGAAGGUUUACUGAUGCAUCCAGUGGUGGCUGGGCCGGGGGCCACAGCGAGCGGGAGGUCUGAUGCUGCCCACAGCAACCAGGAGCAGGGUGACAAAGUGGGUGGUCCCUACCAACUGCCCAACCAUGGCCCCACAGCCCCCAAGGCUGGAACUGCUGGGCCCACACUAGGUUCUUCACAGCAUCUGAAAAAGGCCCGCCUACUGCGCUCUGGAGCCUGGAAUGAUCCGGGGAACCAGCGGAUGAGUUCACCCCCAGUGGAGCUCAAUGGCCAAGGGGGAGGCCUGCAAAAUGGAGCACUAGAGGGAUCUCCUCAUGCUGGGGAGAGCACCCUGUUGGCUUCCCUGCUUCAGUCAUUCAGCUCACGGCUUCAGAGUGUGGCAAUGUCUCAGCACUCUAAUAAGCCCCCCAGUGAGUGCUCCUCUCCAUCCAAGGCACCACCUGUAGAAAAAGAGCCACUUCCUCUGUAUGGGACAGCCUCAAGCCGCUUGAAGGGCCUAAUGAGGAAGAGCAAACUUCAAAGUCACAGUAACUCGCCUUAUAUUCGCCGGGGACAUAAUCAGGACAGACCCCCAGAAUCACCUCGGUCAGCAAACAGCGCUACGCCUCCCUCUGCUCCUGCAUCUGCUGAAUCAGUGUCCUGUGCGGAGCGCCUGAAGGCAGUGGCCAACAUGGUGAAAAUCCGUUCUAGUCCAGCACCUUCACCCAAGCCCAGUGUGGCCUGUAGUCAGCUGGCCCUGCUCCUUUCCAGUGAAGCACAUCUUCAGCAGUACUCCAGAGAGCACACGCUCAAAGCACAGCUCUCUGGAAGAUCUGCUAGCGAGAGACUAGCUGCUAUGGCAAAUCAGCAACAUGGCCAGGACAAAAGGCCACCUAGUGUGGGAGGGACUCUGCCUGGAACCCCAGACACACCAAGCUCCUUAACAACCCAAAAUGGAAUGACAAAAACCACAGUAACAACAACACUCUCUCGAACGGCCCUGUCGAGUCCACAGAGCCCAUCUUUGCUGCGUGGCCACAGCCAAAGCUCCCCAGCCACUACCCCACAUGCUCCAAGCCACACUCACAAUCAGUCACCUAGGGAGAAGCGAGGCUUUGACUCGCGUCCAGCUCGCCCCCCUCAGACAUGCAGCAGCUUGCUGCUGCUGCUACUUAACAACCACAACAGCCAGAAGCAGCUGACCAAGAAUGGGCACCUAGAGGACAGUUGUGGCAUUCUGCCACCAAGCGGCUCUUCUUCAGUCACAUCAGACAGCGAAUGCUCCACCCAGGAGAGGAGCCUGACCAAGGACAGCAGUGAUGCAGAGAGUUCCUACUCCAGUUGCUCUCCCAUUGACCUCUCCAUUAGAAAUCGGGCAUAUGUUCAAGACACAGGGCCCAAAACUACUACCCUCUCUUCCUUCUCCUCUUCCACCUCUACCCUUUCUUCUUCCACCUCAGUGUUUUCCUCCACCCCAGCUGCAUUCUCUCCUCAAGCUUCUGCUCAGUCCUUCACCACAGCUGUUUCACCAUCCUCUACUGUUGUCUCCUUUGCUUCCAAUGCUAUUUCUUCAUCUUCAUCCUCCUCUAUCUCUACCACCUCCUCCCUUGAAAAACUAACUGAAUCUUUAAUGAACAAGUGGAAGCCAGAGCCAUCAGGAUCAAAAUUGUCCAAGAACAAGGAGCCUGAAAUGAGCCCAGAUCUAAAAUCCCACUCUAAAGUCACUCUUAUGCAGCUUCUUCUUGAGCGUAGAAAUAAUGAGAUGGUUAAUAAAAGUGCAGGUAACCAGGAUUUGCCAAUUGAUGUUACAAUGACCACUAUGUCUCAAAGCCAACCAAAGGGACUGGUGCCCUGGGAAGAGACCAGGACCAAAAGUCUCGCAGAUAGGCCUGUAGCCCCAGUCCAGCCCCUUUACUCACUUAGUCGUGACCCAAGUGGUGCACUAUCCCCAUACUCCUAUCCCUCCCCCCAUGUCCAGUCCAGCCCUCUGGAUUUGUGUAAGUCCAAAACCUUCCCUGCAGAGAAGGCUUCGGAGCCCGCCUUCAGUGCUAGUAAACUGUUGCAGAAUCUGGCUCAGUGUGGGACAGCUUCUUCUUCCCCACCCAUUCCACUGAGCAUAGGCCUGGGCCAGGAGCUUGAUACCAGCAGGCCCCUUGCCCUUUUGGAAAGGCUCAAUGCACCAAUCCACAGGACCACUACCACUCCACUCUCUGAUGGGCCCUCAGGCAGUGGCACACCUUUCAGUCUGAAGGAAGCUUCUCCUCCUUCAUCACAGAUUGAGAACCUUCUAGAGAGGCGCACUGUGCUGCAGCUCCUUCUGGGAGCAGGCUCAGCUACUGCUACAGUCAGCCGCAAAGAUAGGACCAGCGGGAGUGGCAGGAGGAGUGUGGAGAUGGCUGGGGGGUGCUAUGAGAAGAGCCCUGGUGCCUCCAUCAUCUGCGACAGCUCCAAUGGGCCUCCUUUGGAUGUAAAACUCAAAACAGAGGUCACGGAGGGGGUUGGGCCAUCCUCUGCCAUGUCUGAGGACUUAAGUGGCAGAAAGAGACCUAGUGGCUAUGAGAAGAAUCGCCUCCUUUCAGAUUCUCAGUCAGACUUAAAAACAGAACCACGGCCUGCAGAGGUCAUAGCAAAAUAUGGUCUACUCAGCCAGCUGCUUAAACAACAGACUGCUACCUAUUAUACCAGUGCUCCUAUGCAGACUGAGUCACAGCACAGACAGGUUAAAGAGGAACAGAAGGAGUAUCCAAGCCCUAGUCCUAAGAAGAGACGCCUCUGCGCUGAUCAGACUGAGAGUUUAAAUAAUAUCAGCUCUCCAAGAGCACUGGACAGGGGUAACACAAACAUUUUUACAUCCUCUGUUGCUUUGGAAGAGCCUGACCAGCAGAGGAGUCUAAAGGAAGAAGAGGCUGCAUCUAGGAGCCCACCAAAUGAAAGCCUCAGCAGAGAGAGUCGGGGCUUCAAUGUGCUCAAACAGCUGCUGCUCUCUGACAACUGCCUGAAGGAACUGUCCCAGCAGCCCCGGGGGGCACCCAGUCCUUCCGUCCUGCAGGCCAAUGGCAAGGCCAAUGGCAGCAUUCUCAGUCCACCUGUCCAUAAUCACAGCUUCCUCCACCUGCCCAGCUGGCACCCCCAUGGUUCCGUCAGUUCGGUGCUUCAGGGUAAUCUCAGACCAGUGCCCACCUCCCCUGCAGGUGACAGCCCUAUCCGUACCCCCUGGAGUCGCCACCCAUCUUCGUGGCCUGUCCCUCAAAAACGGGACCCUCCUACUCUAGUCAAGCAAGAGCCUGAGAGCCCUGUGCGAUGGAGUAGUCAGGAGAGUGAUAAUCAGGAGGAGGGUUGUGACUCUAACCCGGACUCUCCCCGCCUCUCUCGUUCCAACCCCAUCCUGUAUUACAUGUUGCAGAAGGGCAGCCUUCAGCUGAGGAAGGAGGUGAGAGACCAGGCAGCGGGAAGCCAGUCUGUGGUCAGAGUUAAAGAAGAGCCAGUCAGUGAUGUGCAUGCCUAUGAACACAGUCUGCGCUCCACCCCACAGUCACCAACACACAAUGACAAGCACAGCCAUGAGAGCCAGGGGUUGAGCCAAUGAGGCAAUCAUCUGAGUGGAAGUUGUAUCAACUAAAGAAAAAUACAAAGUGAAAAUCUAGCUCAUUGACUCUUUUUUUAAUGACUUGCCAAAUUGGUUUGAAAAGACAAAUGUUAAAGAAUGCAAGCUUUGUUUUUUUUAUCAGUGGAUUUAGAGCGAAUUCAAAUUUGAAUGCAUACUUACUUGCAUUGCUUUCUCAACUUUAAGUAGUUAGGUCAUUGAAUGGUACAAACAAAAAUGUAUAAUACAACCAAAAUGACACAACUGUCACAAAUUUCACCUUCAUAUCAGUGAUUUAUCAUGCACUACAUAUUUCAUUUUGUCAGUUAUAAAGCUCUCCUUUGCAAUUUGGUCUUUUUUGUUUGUUUUUACACUUAUUUGUACAUUUAUUUUACAUUUAAUACUUUUAUCCAAAUUGCACACACAUCACUAUUCCAUGUCAUCUUUUUUUUUCAGCCAGCCAUAAAACAUUUAGAAAGAACAUUUCAAACAUUUAUUAUUGAUGACUCCAAAAAUGUUCAGUGCUCGGUUCAGUGAACAUUUAUUUAUUUUAUUAUCUGAACAUUUUCAGAUGGAGUCCCAUCAAUUUCAGAGAAGAUUCCAAAUAAAGUUGUUCUGUAUUAGCCACAAAAGUCAAUUCAAACAAUGUACAUGUUACAUUCAUUGAAAGGACUUUGAAAACAAUAUCCACACUGCAAUAACUUCAGUGAGGAUCCUACCACAAUGAUUCGUGGUGUGGUAUAAUUACCAUUGGAGAGAGAAUAUGUCAGCAGAGGUUUGAAUGGUCACAGUUCAUUGUAUUUAGCUUUUAUUUGGGUUGAACUUUUAAGGCCAGUAUUCAACAGUGCAAAUUCAGGAUAAUGUUUACAGAUUGUGCAGUUUUGAGCAGAUGGGUCAACAGAGCAUGUGCGGUGCUUACAGUUGAGCAACUGUGUGUAAACAGGUUUCUGGAGCAACAGUUAAAAGGCUGCAGUGUCUGAGAAACUUAUCUUACCCCCCUGGGUAAAGCCGCACCACGCUUCAUGCACACAAAACUAUGAGUGUCAAAAGAAAAGAGGAAAAAGCCAUAUGCUUUUAUUUUUCAUGUCAUAUAAAGGAGCACCCAGAGUUUGCAUUGUUGAAGCUGAGUCCUCUGUGUCCUUUUCAGAUUCAUUUAAUGGCAUGUAAUAAAAAAUGUCAGUAUUGUUAUCUGUUGAGAAUUUGACAGUUUGUGAUUUUAUUUUUUUCAUAAUUUCUUGACUGUUGUGCUUUAUGGGCAUCUUUUAUUUUUGUGGCAGUCUCUGAACACAUAAAAUGUUAAAAGAAUUGCAUGACAAUAAAGAGAAGACCACAGGUUCAUCUUUGAUUUCAAAGCAGCUGGAUAUGUGUACCUGCCCCCCCAGCAAUCACCAAGACAUGUUGGUGUCUCGAGGGAUAUCUGGUAUCUAGUUCCUGCUUUUGAUUGUACUGUAUUUUCAGUUAUUUUCACACACCGCUUUAUCCAUUUAGUCUUGUGAUCUUUUUUAAUACAUAUACAUAUGAAGUAUGUCUCUUGAAUUAUGAAUACAUUUUCACAAUGGUUAAAUAUAUUUGUGUAAAUAGUACUUUCAGUAUGAAAGAUGACUAUUUUGUAAUGUUUAAGAAAAGAUAUUACCCUAGUUUUUAAUGCCCUGAUAUGUAAAUAUGAAUUAUAUGCAGACAUGUGUACAUACAAAGGCAGAGGAUGCUAUGCCCAUUUUUUUUUUUUUUUUAAAGUUGGUUUGUUCUUUGCAUGCGUCUCUAUGUGGUAAAUGAUAAUCUAUCCUGCGCUGUGUUGUGUAAUAAUGUCUGACUCUCCUCACUGCUGCCUGUUGCAUGCAGACGCAUGGGAACUACCUGUGUAUCCCUACUGGUGAUGGGGGAAAAUGUCAAGUCUUAAUAUAGGUCUUUUUUUUUUUUUUUUUAAAUCACAGAGAGAGGUUCAUUUAGAAUAUGAACAGUCCCUAAA